AUGUCGAACGACCUCAACUCCAUUCGCCAGCGGUUUCGCGAGGUGCAAGAGGACGAUGCGUACCUAUCGCAGGAGCUCGAGCGCAUCCAGCGGCAGCGCGAGGAAGAGGCGCGCCACGAAGCGAAGCUGGAUUUCCGCGGGCUUCGGCUCUACCGCGAGUUGACCUCCACAUCCGAACCCAUGUACUGGCGCGAAAAUCCCGAGAAAACGGAGACCACGGGAGCUAAGCCAACCGCUCCGGCUGCUGGUAACCCUGGUAACCCUCCAGGUGGUAACAUGUGGAGUUACUCCUCCGUCGCUCCCUCUUCCUCGGUUCCGAAGCUGCAGCAUAUGGUUCAGCCGUCCGCUUCCGGAAUUACAUUCUACAGCGCGAAUGGCGGCGGAAGGAGCGGGCGAAUUGAGACGUACGAGAGUGCGGUGAAUAGCGGUGGAAGCGAGGGGAAGAAAGCUGAGAGCAAGAAGAGUAGUGGUGGUUUCGCGAGCUGGCUGAUGGGAGGAGCGGAUCAGGAGCAGCAUCUGCUGUGGGAUAAGCCGGAAUAUAAGGAGGGCGAGGCGAAACUGAUUCUCAUGUAUUCCCACGCGCCUUACGGCGAGCGGCGGCGGGGCCGCCCGUCGCCCGCGGAGUUUUACCUCGAAGACCGCGGCGAGCGCGAGCGACGUCGCGCGGAGAUCGGCGGAUUCAGCAAGGACCUGGACGAGAUGCGACAGCGACUGCGUGCGAUGCGAGUGGAGGAGACGCAGGAGAUUCAGCAGCUGCGGCAGAAGCAGGAACAGGCGGCGUUCGAAGCGGAGCAGGCGCAGAAAUUGCGCGAGCAGCAGAUUCUCCUCCUGCAGAAGCAGCGCCAGUUGUCUUACGCCACGUGGCGCGGCGAAGGCACGCGUCCGUACGAGUCGCCGUUCGAUAAGGAGUCGGAGCUGCUACCCUCCGCGUAUCACGCUGUGGUCGGCAAGCCGCACUUACCCGUCGCGAACGCACCAGUAAGAGUCGACCACGUGGAGCUUCCUCCCCCGGUUUGGUCCGCGUCACGUUCGUCCGCGAGCCUCUUCAACUACGCGAGCCGCGGCACUGGCUCUAUUAGUCGGGCCACCGGAUCCGGCGCGCGCGGCUUGGGCGCCGCAAUGCCCGGCGCCAGCAGCGGCGCGAGCCGGAGCAGCGGGGGAAGCAGCUUGUCAGACGCCGUUUGCUCUAGCAGCAGCAGCGGCGGCUGUGACGUGACGGCUAGCCGUCAGCACUACGGGAGCAGGUACGUGACGGCCGGGGCCUACGGUCACGGCGGUAUCGCGAAUGACGUGGCGAUGACCUCACACCCGUUUAGCGGCGUUGUCCCUCCGUACACCGGCUUCAGCUUGAAGAGCGCUACGAGCGAGGCUGGCGAGAGCGCCCGAUACAAUCACACGCGCAGCGCAACCAGCAGCAGCAGCACGGACGAAAUCGACGACUCCGCGGAUUUCAACCCGCGCAGCCAGGGCAACCCGGUCGCGCUACCCGUUCCGAAACUCCCCAUUCCGCCUGCUCGCGCGCCUAACCCCCUCGUUGCUGCCUUACCGCAGACCAUCCCGCUCGCUACUAGCACAUUCGAUAGUGGCGCUCAGGACAGUGUCAUGGCGGGUGUUUCGUCCUCGCCGCCGUCCGAACCUUUGGAGGAGCUGCCAUCUGAACCGUCCACCCCGAUCGUCCUCUAUUCGCCCACCGCGUUCGCCGCUCGCCACCCCUCCAUCCAGCCGUCGUUUAGCUGCUUUCUCACCUCCUCCGCACUGCACUCCUCCGCUUCCCCCUUUUCCUCCUCCUCUCCCCCUUCCACCUCCGCCUCCUCGUUCUCCUCCCCCGUAUCCUCGUCUUUGUCAGCCUCGCUAUCCGCUACUGCUGAUGCUGCGGAUGCUGCCGAUUCCGAUGACGCGCCUCUUCUUUCGUCAUCGACUAAACGUGGCUCUGCGCACGCUGCUCGUUAUAAUCACUACGCGGAAGACGCGCUCAAGGCUUCCGCCUGGAGCCCUCCGCGCGGCUCUCUUUCGCCCCCUCCCAGCGGUUGCGCGGAUGCUGUUAUUGACGAGCCCUUGCCGCCCGCAGCCACGUCAGCGCAAUCAGACGUGGCAGAUGUGACUUGGCAGGCACCCGAGUCCUCCCCUGCGCAUUCCUUCGCUCACUCCGCAAGCCGCGCCGCGUUCGACGGUGGAGUUACUCCUUCUCUGCCUCAUGCAUCUCUUUUGAUGUCUUCUCACGACUUCGCGGAAAAUUCGGAUGAAGUAGCAAAGGCAGAGGCAGCGGCGAACGCGGCUAGCACCGUACCUGGCGCCGCAUCUUCCGCCGCGAAUAGCGCCGCAACAUCCGCCGCCGGUGGCAGCUCGUUUUCUCUCGGGAACCUCUUCUCAUGGACGCGCGCAGAAGCGACAGCGCAACCGCCCAAACCUGUGUCACUGCCGCCCACGCUUUCUCUCGCUUCAGCACAGGUGUUCACGGGACCAGAAUUUCACUCCACGUCAUCCUACUUCGUCUCCACGUCAUCAGGCAGCUCCAACCGUUCGAUCAACGGCUACGAUGCCGAAUCGGAGGGCAUCGAUGGCUCACGGGCCAAGGAGGGGAAAGGAGGGGAGAAUGGAUUUGAGAACAAUAAAGAGGAUGACAAUAACGAGUUCGACGAGCCGCUUUAUUUGCUGGACACCAAGCACGGGUCGCGCAGGGAAGUGGGGUGUGAUUAUAGCGAGAGCUCCACUAAGGAGCCUUCGUCUGCUGCUCUGAAUAGAGCUUUGAGCAAACUCGCUGAAACAAAUGGCGCCUCGCAUGCCACCGCUGCUGCUGAUGUUUCAGCUACUGCCGCUGCUACAACCGCUGCUGCUACAGCCGCUCCACCCGGGGGGUUGGCGAGUAUGAGCUUCACUAGCCGGCUGAGCCAGCUGAUUGGCUUAGGCAGUGGCGGCGGUAACGGUAACGGUAGCAGUAACGGGAACAGUGACAGUAACGGUGAUGAUACAGGUGCCGGCAGCAGUGUUGGAGGUGGCAUUGGCGGUGGGAAGGGAUACGCGUUAUUGAGCUUGGAUGAAGGCGACGCGGUGACGUUUAACGAAGCGAGCCCGUCUUGCUGGGCUCCCACGUCAGCAGCCACGUCAGCAGGCACCACCACCACUAGUGCUCCUCCUGCUGCUUUGUUUGCGAGCAUGGGAGGUAUGGAGAUUGAGAAUGGUUUGGAGGCGCUUCGAAGCGCGGAAGCGGGAGAUACGGCGACGGAUGGAGAAGCGGCCAUGGAUGGGGUGGUUCUGCUCGCUGCUGCUGCCGCUCCUGCUUCUCCUCCCCUUCCCUGCCGUGAUGCCCCUGCUCCUCCCGCAACCCCUGCAGUCCCCGCUGUUACCGCAGUUUCCGCUGCUUCUGCCCCUGCUGUUGCUUCUGCCGCUGCUGCUGUUGCCGCUUCUGCCGCUGCUGUUUCCGCUGUUUCUGCCCUUGCUGUUGCUUCUGCCGCUGCUGCGGAUGCUUCUGGUUCUGUUGCCGACUCCUUAUCCGCGACAGGCAAGGGGAAGGCGCCCAAGUCGUCGUCUAAAGCGGCUGCUGCGGCCGCCAUUGCUGCCGCCGCUGCCGCCAAGAUCGCCGCGCUGGGGAUUGGGGGGAAGGCGGAGGAGAAGCGGCAUGCGGAAGGGGGGGAGUCGGGAAGCCGGGGGGAGGAAGAAGGGGGAGAAGGGGAAGCGGAUGAAGACGAGGAGGAGGAGGAGGGCGGAGAGAGGAGAGAGGGAGCGCGGAAAGCGUUCUGGGACGAGGGGGAGUAUGAGGGGGAGGGAGAGGCGGAAGAGGAGGUGAACGAGAUAUUGGAGCUUCAGGAGUGGAUGGAGGCGCAGAUGCUGGUUGAGGGGGUGCGGAGGGCGCUCACGCGCGGAGGGACCGGGGGAAGCGGAGCGGUCGGGGGAAGCGGAGUGGGGAGAGUGAGUGAGGUGGAAACUGGAGGGGGAGGAGGGGGAGCGGCAGCAGCAGGAGCAAGAGCAGCAGCGAGUGUGUGUGAUGCUGAGAUGGAAGCAUGGAUGCUUGCUCUGCCUCCGCUGGUGGUGAUGGCUCGUAGUGACGAUGGUGUUGAGGAGACUAGUGAGGAGGAAGAGGUGGUGGAAGAGGAGGGAGAGGAGGUGGAAGAGGAGGGAGAGGAGGUGGAAGAGGAGGUAGAGGUGAUUGAGUUGGAGGAAGGGGAGGAGCUGGAGGAGGGAAUGGAGGUGGUAGAGAUUUUGGAGGAGAGGGAGGAGGAAGAGGAGUAUGAGCAGCAUGAGGAGGAGCAUGAGGACGCAAGGGAAGAAGCGGAGGUUGUGGAAGAGGGUAGUGAGAGUGCGAGCGACAACGAGUGUGAUGAGGAUGGGCAUGGUGGGGAGGCGUAUGGAAGUGAGGGAGAGGAGGAGAGGGAAUUUGGCAGUGAAUGUGGAAGUGAGUAUGAGAGUGAGAGGGAGAGAGAUGAGGGGAGUGUGAGUGAGAGGGGCAGUGAGUGUGGGAGUGAGAGUAGAAGCGAGAGUGGGAGUGAGUGUAGGAGCGAGAGUGGGAGUGAGUGUGGGAGCGAUAUUGGGUCAGUGAGUGAGGCGAGUGAGGGUGUGAGUGUGAGGAGCGGAAGUGAGAGUGAGGAUGAGAGGGAGGAGAGAGAAGAAAAUGAGGAUGAGAGUGAGGAUGAGAGGGUGGAGAGUGAGGAGGAGAGGGAAGAGGGUGAGGAGAGGGAGGAGAGUGAGGAGGAGAGAGAAGCGGAGAUCAAGGAGUGCGGUGGUAGUGAUGGAGGGGAAGUUGGUGAGAGCGAGGAUGAGAGGGAGGAGAGAGAAAAAGAUGAGGGCGAGAGAGUGGAAAUUGAGGAGGAGAUUGAGGAGUGUGGUGGUAGUGAUGGAGGGGAAGUUGGCGAGAGUGAGUGUGGGAGUGAGAAGGGAGAGGAGGGCAGUCUGGAGAAUGAGGGAGAGAACGAGGAUGGGGAGGAGGGAGGUGAAAGGAAUGCGGGAGAGGAAGCUGCUGAGAGUGAGUGCGGGAGUGAGUGGGAAGAGGAAGCGAGUUUGAAGAGUGAAGGAGAAAGCGAGGAUGAGAGGGAAGAGGGCAUUGAAGCGAGGGAGGAGGAGGAAAUGGAAGCGAGGGAAGAGACGGAGGAGAAGGUAGAGAGGGAAGAGGAGGAAGGGAUUGAUACCGAGGAGGGAGCUGAAACAAACAGUGAAGAAGCAGAAGAAAUAGUGAAAUCAGAAGAGGCAGAAAGUGAACUGAAUGGUGCAUGUGAGGACGCGGGUAUAGUAGUGUGUGAGGAGAGUGCUGAGAGUGUGGAAGAGGCACAGGAGGAAGAAGAGGAGGGACAGAAGGGAAAAGGAGUGCAGGAGAGUGUGGAGUUGAGUGGUGUGGAGAGAUUUGAGGGGAAGGACGAUGCUGCUUCGUGCAUUUCCCCUUCGUGCAGCGAUGAGGGGAGUGUGAUGGGUGGAGAGGGACACGUUAAGGAGAGAAGGGAUGAGACAACAGACGUGGCAGGGAGCGCUGACCUGGCGGGAACCGUCCUUGAUGCUGCUGAUGUGGCCGACGGUGCAGACGUGACAGAAGGAGCCGACGUGGCUGAAGAUGCGGAUGUGUCAAGUUGUGCUGAUGUGGCAGAAGGAGCUGAUGUGUCAAGUGGUGUCGACGUGGUAGGAAGUCCGGAAGCAUGUGACAGGCUGGCAGAGGACGCUGGAUUAGGCGCAGGGGGGAAGGAGGAAGGGAGUGAGGAGGAAAGUGAGGAGGGAAGUGAAGAGGAGAGUGGGGAGACGACGGGUGAGGACGAAGCUGGUGUGGAGGAAGAGAGCGGUGGGGCUGAGGAGAGUGUGGAGGAAGGAGUAGAGAGAGAGGAGCACCAGGAGGUAGCUGAGGAGGAAAGAGAGGAUGAGGAGGUGGAGGUGAAGGGAGAGGAGGGCGAGGAGGGAGAGGAGGUGGAGGUGGUGUAUGAGUGUGUGAGUGAGGGGAAUUCGGAAGUAGGGGAGGAAGUGGAAGUGGAGGAAAUGGACGAAGCAGAGGGAGAGGAAACUGAAGAGAAGGAGGAAAUGGAGGGCGAGGAGGUAAAGGAGGGAGAGGGGCAUGAGGAGGAGGACGAGGGAGCGAGGGAAGAGGGAGUUGAAGUGGAGGAAGAAGAGGAGGUAUUGGAAGCACAGGCAGAAGAGGUGGAAGAGGAGGGAGCGGAGGAAGAGGGAGAGGUAAAGGAGGAGGAAGAGGAGGGAGCGGACGAGAAGGAAGAGGAGGGCGAGGAGGAAGAGGUAGAUGAGGAGGACGAAGAGGGAGUGAUAUACGAGUACGUGAACGAAGAGGAUCUCGAGGACGGGGAGAAAGAAGAGGAGGUGAUGGAAGAAGCACAGGCAGACGACGGGGAAGAGGUAGCGCAGGAGGAGGGAGAGGAGGUAAAGGAGGGAGAGGAGGGAGUUAUAUACGAGUAUGCUAAUGAGCAGGAUCCUGAAGACAGGAAGAAGAUGGAGGAAGCGACGGAGGAAGGAGUGCAACUAGAGGAGGGCGAGAGGGAAGAGGAGGGGGAAGAGGAGGGAGAAGAGGAGGAAGAGGAAGAGGGAGAAGAGGAGGAAGAGGAGGGAGUGAUCUAUGAGUAUGUGAACGAGGAGGAUCUCGAGGAAGGGGAGGAGAUCGUUGAGUUCGUGUAUGAAGACGAGGAGAGAGAGGAGGGAGUGGGAGAGGAGGGAGAGCAGGGAGAGGAGGGAGAGGAGGAGGUGGCAGAAAGUGGGGAAGAACAGGAGGAAGGGGAAGAGUAUGAAGAGGAGGAAGGAGAGGAAGCGUAUGAAGUAGUGGAGGAGUUGGAAGAGGAGGACGGGGGAGAGGGUGGGGAGGAGGGAGAAGAAGAGGAGGAAGUUGAUAUAUUGGAGGGCGAGGGGGAAGGGGAGGAGGUGGAGGAGAUAUUAUCGGAGGAUGAGCGGGAAAAGAUGCUGGAUGAUAAUGGUUACCUUGAUGAUGGUGGGGAGGAGGGGGAGGUGGAAGAGGGGAUUGUAGGAGAGGAGAGUGUGGGCGCGGAGAGUGUGGGCGAGGAGGAUACGUUGGAUGGUGGGGAAAAGGGGGAGGUGAAGGAGGAGGGACAGGAGAGUGUGGGAGGCAUGGAGAGGGACGGAGAGGACGGUGAGGUAGGAGUGGGGAGUGAGGAUGGAGAGGGAAGCAGGGGAGAGGAGGGGAAAGAGGCGGAGGGAGAACAUGGAUCUGGAAGUGAGGAACACAAUAACGAGGAUGGGGAAUGGGAGGGGGGUGCUGAGGAACGUGAGGAUGUGAGUGUGGGUGGGGAGGAGGGGAGUGAGUAUGGUGAUGAUGUGAGCUUGGGGAGUGAUGAGGAGUACGAGGAUGUUCAGGAGGAGUAUGAAGAGGUGGAGGAGGAACUGUCUUACACUAUGAGUGAGGGGGAGGGUGGGGAGGAAGUGAGUGAGGGAGGUGAAGAGGGAGAGGGUGAGGGAGUGGGAGAGGGAGAGGAAGGAGAGGCUAUUGAGGAGGGUGUUGCAAACGGUUCAGAGGGAUCUGGGGAGGAGAUUGAGGAGAGCAGAAGUGGAGAAGAAGAUUCGAGUGCACAUGAUUCGCCUCACAUGAGGAUUGAAGAGGAGAGAGUGAUGGGAGAUGGAGGUAUGGAGAAGGAUGAAGAGGCGGUGUCCGAGGAUGGAGAGUGGGAGGAAGUGGGGUCAGAGGAAGGCUCGUGGGAAGAUUCAGAGGAAUUCUCAGAGGAGGGUUCACAUGGGGGCGAGUUGGAGAGCACCGGACAAGAAGCAGCAACCAGUGCUGCCUCUACACCAGCGCAAAAGGAGCAGAAGCAGAGGGCAGGGCGGAGGCGGCGCAGGGUGCACAAGGCGGGAGUGUCGUUUGGGAAAUUCAUCCCCGCUGAGUUGAGCGAGCUGGAGUCCCACGAGCUGGAGGGGGAGGGCGAGGCGGAGGGGCACAAAGGGGAAGAGCAGGAUAAGGGAGUGGUGCUGUGCGGUUGA